AAACUUUGAAAUUGAGAAAGAAUCGCCCUUUCAAGGGAGAGGCGGGGAAGAAUCAUAGAGCUGUCAAAGUUCUUGGCGUGUUUCUCUUGUUUUCUUUUCAUCUCUUUUUAGACCCAAGACAAGAUACAUGAACAAUAUAGAUAUAUAGAUCUUCUUUGGUUCAAUGGAGAACAGUACAGCUUCUUCUUCUUCACCUGCAACCCCUCAACAGUCCCAAUGGCUUCACACAACUCUAUUGGAUUUGGACGAGAAGAUGAAGGCCAUGAUGACCCUUCUGGAAGAAGAUGAUAAAUCCUCAUGCCAAAAUGCUCAUGUUUCUCUCAACAGGAAACAAGAACUCGUACAAAUGUUGGGAGAGUUAAACAGAUCUUACUCUUCUUUACUACACAAGUAUGAUCAGUUGAGGUCUAAAUCACAAAAUCCUUCUCAUUCUGGGUCCUCAUCAUUGUCCUCUAACUCUACAGAAAUCCAACAUGCCACCAGUAACAGAAGGGUCUUGGAAGCCUCUGAUGAUCCCAUAUGGGAGGCUUCUAAAUUUGUUCUUGAUGAUCCUGAUCAUUUUCAACAUUAUAGAUCUAACUUUGAAUACCUGAACAAGUUAGCAGAUGAUCAUCUGAUAUUGACAGAACAAUGCAAUAUGUCUUCCAUGAGAAAUCAUGAACAAACUAACGGAGAAUUUUCGGAUGAAGAGGAUGUUGUUUUGAAGAUGAGUGGGUUUCAAAGAUUUAAUCCUGAAGCUGCAGAGUUCCAAAAGGGUGGUUUCGAAAGCGAGAAUAAAUGGUUUCAACUCAAGUUUCAAUUUACAAAGCUUAUGGAGGAUAAUCUGCGUCAGCAAGCAGAACUCUUGAGAAGGAAUGACGAGAAGAGACAAACCAUUAAUGGGCUACGGCUACAACUCCAGCACUUAAAGAGUGAGAACAAGACCCUCCUGCAGAAAUGUCCCCAUUGCUCCAAAAUUGGCGAGAAGUACAACUAUUCUCAGACAUCAAGAUCAACAGGACUAUUUUUGGGCAAGUUCUUCCAAGGACGUUGUUCAUAAUUUUUUUUUUUUUUUAAUUUCCAUCUGUUAGUCUUAAGGACGUCAUGACAGGAGCGAAUACUACUUUAUUUUUAGCAUUGGUACAUUGGUAACUCCAAAGAAUGAUCUAUAAGCUGUCAGCAGAUGCUUGGUUUCUUGUUGUCAUUGAAUGCAACUGUUUAGCUAAAAA